UUCCUCACGGAAAAAGUUCCUCGCAAGCUCCAGGGAAACGGGAAGGAAGCACCGUUGCUUCCAAAAAUGACAGCUAGAAGAAGUGCCAGAAAAGCGGGUCCCACAUCAGGCGGGCAGACCGGCGCAGCGUGGCUUCAGAGACUGAGCUCCGUUGUAGAACGGUUACACAUCCAAGCUGUUGUUUGCUACCUGCUUCGUGCUUCUCCUAUCCAGUUUUGUCUUUGCGCAAACGUUUAUUGAAAAUAGGUCAGACCAGAAUAUGUCAAUUUGGGGCAACUUCUUCAAGAAGUUCAAGUUCGUCACGAAGGGGAUUGUAGCGCUCAACGUGUUGCUUCUCAGCGCCACGUACGGUGUUCUCUGCUCCGUCUACUUUGCCAUCACGCGCAGAAGAAACUUGGCGCAGUGGAGUACCGCUCGGUUCUACUACAACAUCUUCAGCUUUGUCAUGGGCAUGAGAAUUAACAUCGACAAGCCCGAGCUGCUUGAGAAGCUACCGGCAAUCCUUAUCUCGAACCACCAGUCUGAGUUGGACAUCUACAUGUUGGGCAGGAUAUUCCCACCUAAGUGUGUGGUCACUGCGAAAAAGCAGCUCAAGUACCUUCCAUUCCUAGGCUGGUUCAUGAGUGCCUCUGGCACUUUUUUCCUCGACCGGUCUAACAGAGAGUCGGCCAUCCGGACCUUGAACAACGCGUUGGACCAGUUGAAGGAGAACAAGGGCGGAUUGUUCAUGUUCCCAGAAGGCACGAGGUCGUACUCUUCCACCCCUACCCUGCUGCCGUUCAAACGGGGAGCUUUCCACUUGGCUGUCCAGGCACAGAUCCCGAUCAUCCCGGUCAUCGUCUCCAACACCUCCAACCUCUACUCGAUGAAGCUCUUCAACUUCAACAGGGGCGAAAUCAACAUCAAGGUCCUCGACCCAAUUCCAACGCUCGGACUCACCAAGGACGACGUACCAGGUUUGACCGAGAAGGUCUACGGUAUGAUGAACCAGGCAGUCAAGGAGCUUGGCAUGAGUACAGUCUAUGGAGAGACGAUUGCCUUGAACACACAAGAUGCCGUGGAAGAGGCUGGUGCCGGCCAUGCGGAUGCCGACAUCGAAGCCAAUGCUACGGCAACCGGCACCACCGAAACAACUGCAGUUUCUGAGUCCACCUCCCUUCUUCCAAAAUAGAAUGAGCAAAAGAAAAAAAUGAGAUCAAUCGAAAACCACGUUUAAAAAAUUCAAUGCUCUCCUCCUGCUUUACAAUGUCCGAACCUUCACAAUAAGGCUCACUCGCUAAAUCUUUCUCUAUAUUAUACUAUAUAUCCCAGCGGUUAAUACAGCUAAAUGUAGAAGCCCAAUUUUUUGACAAGA